AUGGCCGCCACUGUAACCUCCCCCCCUCCGGAGCCGACCAGCCCCAAUACACACAAACUACUGCCGCGGGUCCCUCAUUCCCACGAAAGACUCGGAGUCGAUGUCAAAUCUGGACCCACCGCUCCACGUAUUCGGGACGCUCCCGUCUCUCCCGUGAGAGUCAAUUUCCAGGCCGACAACUGGGUUCACUCCAAUGCGAAUAUCGAGCAGGUGCAUGGCGCCACGACAGAGUUUGUGGUCGCAGACCGCACGCGGCAGCGAAGUCAACCUCAGUCGCCCACCAACUCCCACCUGCCACCACACAGCCCAGUGCUUCAAUCGCCGACCAGUCCGUAUAGUCAGAGCUCUCGCCCGCGACACCACGACCGUCAGCCGCUCUCGCCAGCAUCGACUGCAUCCAGCCGACACGCGCCCCAGCUAGCAAGUCCCAUCGGCAGCGGCUCGCUGGGAGACUUCGACCUUGGUUUCUCUCCGAACAGCAACUUGACAACCCCCGCACCCGAAGACAUCAGUGGGCUCACAGCAAAUGAUACGACGUUGCAGGACGACAAUCGCAACAGCCGUGAAUCUGAUGGCACUACAAGCACGAGGCGACAACAUGUCUCCAAGGAGUCCUCGGCAUCGACCAGUGCAAGCUCCAUUUCUGGCAUGAACGAAAAUUCCGAGUGUCGCGACAAUGGAUCGGCAGAGAGCUCUCUCAUUGAGGGGCACAUGCCCCGAAAUCAGUCCGUGCCGCUGUUCCAAUACCACCAUCAAGACCAGUAUCCUCCUGAGCGGGUGGCGAGCGCACCCAACAUGCCAGAUGUCAGGUCAGCCUCCAACCCUGAUCUGGCUGCGGAUGCUGGCAUCAACCGACACCUUACCCCUAGCUCGAGCGGCUUUCUUCAGCGCGGCCCGCUUCAGCGGCCCCCGUCUGUCUACUCAACCUACUCCGACUUUGGUGCCCGCAGCCGUUCGCCUGGCUUGAUGCCUGGCAACCGAGUGUCGUCUGCUCAGUCGAGGCGUUCCCCCGAUGUCAGGCCAUCGUCCUACGCCGAGCUCCUGAACGUGCCCUACCCUCAACAGGCCCCGGCUCCCAUCAGCUUUGACAACAACAGGCUACGGAAUGCUGUCGGUAACAACGCUUCACUUCUCAGCGCCCAGAAGACCUUGGAGAUGUAUCGUCAAAAUGUUAAGAAGACAACCGAUCUCUCCAUCCAAUACUCCUUUGCUGUUUUCCUCAUCUCCACGGCCCAGGAGCAAGGGCUUGAUUGGGAAGAGCCUGCACGGAAGAAGGGAGACGACCAGAUCAAGGGAUCUCCGCAGGAGCUGGUGAAAGAGGCCAAGCAGAUCCUCCAAAAGCUGUCGAGCGCUGGAUAUCCAUUUGCGCAAUACUACCUUGCCGAUGGCUAUGCGUCUGGUCUCUUCAGCAAGGGCAAGGAAGAUUACAGUCAAGCAUUUCCCCUGUUUGUGAUUGCUGCCAAGCAUGGCCACGCCGAGUCUGGAUAUCGAAGUGCUCUGUGCUACGAAUUCGGUUGGGGGUGUCGCAAGGACCCUGCGAAAGCUGUUCAGUUCCUUCGCAUCGCCGCGUCAAAGAGACACCCUGGUGCUAUGACGAGGUUAGGCAAGGCAUGCCUCGUGGGUGACCUUGGAGAGAAGCGCUACCGCGAAGGCAUCAAGUGGAUGAAACUGGCGGCGGAAGCCGCGGACUCCAUCUACAAUUCGGCACCAUAUCAGUUGGCGUGCUUGUACGAGACGGGCUACGGGGACGAUGUCUUCAAGGACGAAAACUAUGCUGCCGAGCUGUUCACGCAAGCUGCCGAACUUGGACAUCCCGAAGCUAACUUCCGUAUGGGGGAAGCAUAUGAACAUGGCAAGCUCGGAUGUCCGAGGGACCCUGCCCUCAGUGUGCACUUUUACACUGGCGCGGCUGAGAAGGGCCAUGCGGCCGCCAUGAUGGGACUGUGUGCGUGGUACAUGGUCGGUGCGGAGCCUAUCCUCGAGAAGGAUGAAGAAGAAGCCUACGAGUGGGCCAGGCGGUCUGCGGAGCUUGGCUUCGUGAAGGCGCAGUAUGCCGUCGGGUACUUCACAGAGAUGGGCAUCGGAUGCCGGCGCGACAUCUUGGAGGCCAAUGUGUGGUACGUCAAGGCAGCUGACUCUGGAGACGACCGCGCAAGGCAGAGGAUUGCCAUUAUUCAGGCUGCCGUCAGCGGCGGAACACCUAUGGAGGUUGCGCCGCCACGCAACGGCAAGGCUAAGAAGGGCGACGACAAGGACUGCAUUCUCAUGUAA